UUCAUCUCCGAAACAAGCUACUCGAGAGGGUGACACCAUGGCUGGCUCGAGUUCACGCAGGUCUCUGGUUCUUCUAGCCAUCGUUUCCUUCGGAUGUCUGUUUGCAAUUUCCAUUGCAAAAGAGGAAGGCACCAAGUUAGGGACAGUUAUUGGGAUAGACCUUGGAACAACCUAUUCCUGUGUUGGUGUUUACAAGAAUGGUCAUGUUGAAAUCAUAGCCAAUGACCAAGGUAACCGCAUCACCCCAUCAUGGGUUGCUUUCACCGACAGUGAAAGACUGAUUGGGGAGGCUGCAAAGAAUCAGGCAGCUGUCAACCCUGAAAGGACCAUAUUUGAUGUCAAGAGACUUAUUGGAAGAAAGUUUGAAGAUAAUGAAGUUCAAAGAGACAUGAAGCUUGUUCCUUAUAAGAUUGUCAACAAGGACGGCAAACCUUACAUACAAGUAAAAAUAAAGGAUGGUGAGACCAAGGUGUUCAGCCCUGAGGAAAUCAGUGCCAUGAUUCUGACCAAGAUGAAGGAAACUGCUGAAGCAUUCCUCGGGAAGAAAAUUAAUGAUGCUGUGGUCACUGUCCCUGCUUACUUCAAUGAUGCUCAGAGGCAGGCCACCAAGGAUGCUGGUGUCAUUGCUGGUCUGAAUGUUGCUAGAAUUAUUAAUGAACCAACUGCUGCUGCCAUUGCAUAUGGAUUGGACAAGAAAGGUGGCGAGAAGAACAUUCUUGUCUUUGAUCUUGGGGGUGGGACAUUUGAUGUCAGUAUCUUGACAAUCGAUAAUGGUGUUUUUGAGGUUCUUGCUACAAAUGGAGAUACUCAUCUUGGAGGUGAGGACUUUGAUCAUAGAAUAAUGGACUACUUCAUUCAAUUGAUCAAGAAAAAGCAUGGAAAGGAUAUUAGCAAGGACAACAGAGCACUUGGCAAGCUUAGAAGAGAAAGUGAGCGUGCCAAGAGAGCUCUCAGCAGCCAGCACCAGGUUCGCGUGGAAAUUGAAUCACUCUUUGAUGGUGUUGAUUUUUCUGAGCCACUUACCAGAGCUCGGUUUGAGGAGUUGAACAAUGACUUGUUCCGUAAGACAAUGGGGCCUGUGAAGAAGGCAAUGGAGGAUGCUGGAUUACAGAAGAAUCAGAUUGAUGAGAUUGUUCUUGUUGGCGGAAGCACAAGGAUUCCAAAGGUACAACAGCUUUUGAAGGACUACUUUGAUGGAAAGGAGCCAAACAAGGGUGUCAACCCUGAUGAGGCAGUUGCCUAUGGUGCUGCAGUUCAAGGAAGUGUUUUGAGUGGAGAGGGUGGUGAAGAAACCAAAGAUAUCCUUCUCCUGGAUGUGGCUCCCCUCACCCUUGGAAUUGAAACUGUUGGUGAGGUGAUGACAAAGUUGAUUCCCAGAAAUACUGUUAUACCUACCAAGAAAUCUCAGUUUUUUACCACCUACCAGGACAAGCAGACUACCGUCUCCAUUCAGGUAUUUGAAGGUGAGAGGAGUCUCACAAAGGAUUGUCGGUUGCUUGGGAAGUUUGAUCUGACAGGAAUUCCACCAGCUCCUAGAGGUACCCCUCAAAUUCAAGUGACCUUUGAAGUGGAUGCAAAUGGCAUCCUAAAUGUGAAGGCGGAAGACAAGGGAACUGGUAAAGCAGAAAAGAUCACCAUUACAAAUGAAAAGGGACGGCUGAGCCAGGAGGAAAUUGAGCGGAUGGUUCGUGAAGCGGAAGAGUUUGCCGAGGAAGACAAAAAAGUGAAGGAGAGGAUUGAUGCUCGUAACGCUCUCGAAACGUACGUCUACAGUAUGAAAAACCAGAUAAGUGACAAAGACAAGCUGGCUGACAAGUUGGAGUCUGAUGAAAAGGAGAAAGUUGAAACUGCUGUGAAAGAAGCUCUGGAAUGGCUGGAUGACAACCAGGAUGUGGAGAAAGAAGAAUAUGAAGAGAAGCUCAAAGAAGUGGAAGCUGUUUGUAACCCAAUUAUCACAGCUGUCUAUCAGAGAUCAGGUGGCGCCCCAGAUGAUGCAUCUGGGGAGGACGAGGAUGACUCUCGCGACGAGCUCUAG